UCUAUAUUCUUUUUUAAAGAAAAUAACAAGAGAGACGAAUGUGUAGCUUUUCUUUGGUUUACUCUCUUCGGGUGGGAAGUAGUUUUCCAGAAGAUUAUUAACGAGUAAGAAGCAAAGAAAGUUAUAGCAGCUUCCACCAAAAUCAAGAAGUUGUUUGUUUUCAAUUUUGAUGAAAAAGAAAGUAUUUAUAUUUUAAUUUUGCCAGUUAAAUCGUUUUGGAUUUUCUUCCGUCAUGGGUUGAUUUUAGCUGUAAAGGGCCACACACAUUGCCCACAAAAUGCCCCUUCUUCUUGACGUCUCUCUCUCUAAGACUUUUGAUUUGAAAAACAAUUAAUUCUUUUUUUUUUCUCUCUUCUUAGAAUUUACUUUUUGUUUGAAUUUUUUUAAUGGAGUUGUAGUGGUUUUCCUCUUUCUCUUCAAUUUAAUUAUAUUCCUCUUUACUCUGUCGCGAAAUUUCUGGGUUUGGUGGGUUUCCAUCUUUUGAAAUUCCUUGUGAGAUGUGAAAUUUUCAAUUUUGAUCAUAUUUCUGAGUUGGAAUUGGGCCUUCUCUCUCAGAGGCAUGUCACCUGCAGCCAAAGUCUCUGAGUUUCACAGAGAAGGGAAUGAUUGGUUUUGCAAGACAGGGCUGUCAAGUGAUAUCACUGUUGUUGUUGAUGAUGUGAAGUUCCAUCUCCAUAAGUUCCCACUGGUGUCAAAAUGUGGAAAGCUAGCUCGGAUGUAUGAAGAUUCUGAAAGCAAAUCUCUAUGGACGACAGUGCUUGAAGAGUUCCCAGGUGGUGCAGAUACUUUCUUGAUAGCUGCAAGAUUCUGCUACGGUGCUCGAAUAGAUCUCACCGCGAAAAACAUAGUUCCCAUACACUGUGCAGCUGAGUACCUCGAGAUGACGAAUGAGUAUGGAGAAGUUAACUUGAUCUCCCAAGUCGAAACCUUUCUGCACAAGAACGUGCUUCGGAAUUGGAAAGACUGUAUAUUGGCUUUACAAAGCUCGAGUCCGGUGUUAAAGACUGCAGAAAAGCUUCAGAUGAUACCAAAACUCAUGAACGCCGUGUCAACGAUGGUGUGUACUGACCCUAGUUUGUUUGGAUGGCCUAUGAUGAUGUAUGGUACAUUGCAGAGUCCUGGUGGAAGCAUUCUAUGGAACGGGAUUCACACGGGAGCGCGAAUGAGAAGCUCGGGUUCGGAUUGGUGGUACGAAGAUAUCUCUUAUCUAAGUGUUGAUUUGUUCAGAAGGCUCAUUAAGACGAUGGAAACAAAAGGUAUACGCGCUGAGAGUUUAGCCGGUGCUAUGAUGUAUUACGCGAGAAAGUACUUGCCUGGUUUGGGACGAUGGCAGAGUGGAACAAGAGGAGGAAGCAGCAGCAAAAUCAGAAGAAGAAGUGUUGUGAGUUUUAGUUUGGCAACAGCUUCUUCUUCCUCCUCUAUGUCUCCUGUUGAUCAGAUUGCUCUGCUUGAAAUCACUCUGAGUCUUUUACCUGAAAAGAGAGGAAGAUCUUUCUGCAAGUUCUUGUUAGGUCUCCUACGUGUUGCUUUCAUCUUGGGAGUUGAUGGGGAUUUUGUAAAGAAACUGGAGAGAAGGAUAGGGAUGCAGCUUGAGCUAGCAACGCUCGAGAAUCUUCUGAUUCUUAACUAUUCGGAUUCCGAGACUCUGUACAAUGUAGAUUGCGUAGAACGAAUGAUACACCAUUUUGUAUCCUCAUCAUCAUCUUCAUCCUCGCGGUUACCUGACUUCUCUCCUCCAUCUUUGGAUCCAGAGAUGUCUCCUUCUUCUUCAGCGCCAUUGAGGAAAGUAGCUAAGCUGGUUGAUAGCUACAUGGCAGAGGUUGCUUCGGAUGCGAAUCUGAAACCGGAUAAGAUGCGGUCUCUUGCAGCAGCUCUACCGGAAUCUUCAAGACCCUUGUAUGAUGGUCUAUACAGAGCAUUUGAUAUCUAUUUCAAGGAGCAUCCAUGGCUAUCAGAUAAAGACAAGGAACAGCUCUGCAACAUCAUGGACUACCAAAGACUCUCCAUAGACGCGUGUGCACAUGCUUCACAUAACGACAGGUUACCACUCAGAGUUGUUCUUCAAGUCCUCUUCUUCGAACAAAUGCAUCUCAGGACCGCUCUUGCAAGCGGCCUCAAUGUCGGAAACACCGAUACAACGACCGUUCCAGGGAGGAGAACAAGGGAAGAGAUAAUUCAGAGAGAUGGUUGGGUAACCGUUGUGCGGCAAAACCAGGUUUUGAAAGUUAAUAUGCAGAAAAUGAGGUCAAGGGUUGGAGAACUUGAAGUGGAGUUUCAGAGUAUCAAACAGGAGAUGAAGAAGAGAGCGAGCAAGUCCUCUUGCUCCGUGAGCUCGCCUCGUCUUGUUAAGAUGGGUUGCAAGUUUCUUCUUCCAUGAGCCUCUGACGUUAAGAAUGAUACUACAGUCCAAAGCUCGGUGGCUAGCACUCCUAGAUCCCGUGCCCCUGAUCACGCACAACCUCGCUUUUCACGCCAUUCCAAACACAGGAAAAGCUUCUCCUUUUUCGGAUAAAUCUCACUCCGAAAACGUUUAUCAGCUCAUCUUCUCUCAAAACCCAACACAAAGAAUGUUCCUUUUUUUUGUUUCUGAGACUUUCCCUCCAAGAAAGUUUCUCUCUUUUCCCGGGAACCCCCACAGAUAAAGUUCCAAACACCGGAAAAGCUUCUCCUUUUACGGAUAAAUCUCUGUCCAAAAACGUUUAUCAGCUCAUCUUCUCUCAAAAACCCAACACAAAGAACGUUCCUUCUUUUCUCUGAGACUUUCCCUCCAAGAAAGUUUCUCUGUUUUCCCCGGAAAACCCCACUGAAAAAGGAACUUCUUUUCAUUGCCGAGAAUCCCAACAGAAAGUUUUUCCCUUUUCCCGUGAAAACCAACAGAAACUUUCUCCCUUUUCCCGGGAAAACCAACAGAGAAGGCCCAAGAACAGAAGCUGGUCAUUUGAUGUUGGGUCUCUUUCUGUUCAGCAAAGCAUUUUGUGUUCUUUCUCACUCUUUGGUUAAGAGUAUUUUCCGCGGUUUUUCUCACAAGGUAAAGAGCUUUGAAGACUCUCUUACCAUCAUAGUUGAUAGGGUUUUUAGUAAAGGACAUGGCUUUGUGAUCUUGGUGGUUUUGGGAUAUGGGUAUACCGUAAAAGUAAAUAACUAGAGUUAGGAUCUAUAGAGAAAAGAGGGUAUAAUUCUUGUCUGGUUUGGUAUAUGAUUCGUUUGAAUCUUUGUAGAUGUGUUGUUGUGCCUAUAUUUGUGUAAAUCUUGCUCCAUUACCUCGAUCUACAAGCAGAGUUUGCUGCUUUGUCAAUAACAUAUGAUCUUUUUUACUGUUCCGAUGUAUUGAAACGUUUGAUAAAGAGUUUAAGCUACUUAAACAGUAGUACAAGACUAAGGACAAUUUUUAGUUGAGAAUAUAUAUUUUUUUUAUAUAUUUUAUGAAACAAAUUAACAAGAGGCUUUGUUUCUACGACC